UUAGCCAGCAGGGAAUGAGAGCUGUGGCCUGUGCACUUCCACUCCUGAGUUCCAAGUCCUAACCCACUCCCUGCCAGAGAGUAGAGAAGACAUGGUACUCCUUCACCUCCCCAAACUCCCUUCCACCAUUCUAACUCCACUAUCCACUUCUCCCAUCUUUCUCCGCACUCAUUUCCUAAACCCAAAUCCAAACCCAACCAAAACCCCUCGCCCCCUCUUACUAUUCUCCACCCUAACUCUUCCCGCCUCCGAACCCACACCGCUAGACCCUCACACACCCGAACCCACCCCCCACCUCCAACUCCCUCUCCACAAGCUCUUCGUUCCCCCCGAAACCCAUGUCCCCCUCGACACCCCUACCCUCACUGCCAGAAUCCUCAAGGGCUCCAACAUUCUCCUCAGCAACUACGCCACCGACUCUCAGGUGGCGCAAGCGGAGUUCAUCAAGAGCAGUGUUAGGACCGAGGACUGCCCCUCCGAUGGCCUCCCUGAGUUUGCUCUCGUUGGACGCUCCAAUGUCGGCAAAUCCUCGCUCCUCAAUUCCCUCGUUCGCCGCAAGAAGCUCGCCUUGACCUCCAAGAAACCAGGCAAAACACAAUGCAUUAACCAUUUUCGGAUUAAUGAUAGCUGGUACCUGGUUGAUUUGCCUGGAUAUGGGUAUGAUCCCAAUGACCAUAAUCUUCACCAAAUGUGACAAGCGGAAGAAGAAAAAGAACGGAGGCAAAAGACCAGAAGAAAAUGUUAAUGACUUUCAGGAAUUGAUACACGGCUUCUUCGAGACAGCACCUCCGUGGAUCAUGACCAGUAGUGUUACUAAUCAGGGUCGUGAUGAGAUUCUUCUCCAUAUGGCCCAGCUAAGAAACUAUUGGCUCAAGCAUUAGAACUGAUAAACAUGUAGGUACCAGAUAAUAUAGUUAUCAUAGCAGUGUAUUCUAUGAUGAGCAUUUCUAUAUUGCUCAAAGUACAUACCGGCCUAAAGCAGGAUAAAGAACAUUAUUUGGAACAAAACUUCAUCCGGCGUCCCGCUCUGGUCGAAUGCGAGGUUUCACUUUGAGUCAUCUUGUUUAUCCUUAUCUCACAUUCAUUAAAUUUGAGCCGUUCUUCAGUUGAGGGUUAGUGGGUGACAACGCUGUAUUCUACUGUCUCAAAAGUAGAUAUGAUCUUUACCUUUUAGUACCCCCAUUUUUAUUACUUCUUUUCAAACUAUGUAUAUUCUCAUUUUCAGCUCAAGCAUCUAUCUUAGUUUAGUUCUAUGCUUUCCUAUA